UGAACUGUUCUUUCAAAAUCAAGAGAACAUCUUGUCCAGAAAAUUGAGUUUAAACAAGUCCUACUACGAGGGUAUCACGGUCUUGGUUUACUCCAGCAAAAACGGCUUUAGUAAACAGCACUACACACCGCUAGCGAUACUAAAUCGCGUUUGCAAGAUAACAUCACAUACGCUCUGCCAUUCAUUAAAUUUUAUAAUGGAAGUGAUGAGCGGUCUGGUGACGCGUUGGUGCCGUGCGCACGGCGAGCUGUGCGCUCAGCGGCCGUGGGAGGUGAUGUUCCUGCUCAGCACUGCCACGGUGGUGAUCAUGACCCAGCCACACGCUCACGAGCACCAGUCCUGCCACGCUGCCACCAAGGCAAGUGCGGGUGGAGGAGGUGGUGCAGAGUAUGAAGGAGUGCACGUGUGGGUGAUGACUGCACUGCGGUGCGGAGCCAUGCUCUACACAUACCACCAGUUCCGCCUGCUGCACCGGCAGGGCUCUUCACACGUGUUGGGUAUCGCGGUGCUGUUCGUGCUGUUCGCCAUGGUGCUGUUCAGUUGCUGCGUCGUGCAGUUGCUGGGCUGCAGCGUGUCUGACCUUGAAGAAGCGGUGUUCUUUCUGCUGCUGGUGAUGGACGUGAGCAAGAUGAGCAGACUGUCGCUGCUGGCCCUGCAGUCGCGGGGCGCACGUGAGGCCAUCCUCAGCAUCGGUGAGGGCCUGGCGCUGCUGGGGCCUGGCCUCUCUCUUGACACCUGCGUUGAGGCCCUCCUUGUGGGCGCUGGGUCACUCUCAGGAAUUGGUCGUCUGGAGCAGAUCUGCCAGUUUGCUGUCCUCUCGAUCCUGGUGAACUACGGACUGCUCAUGACCUUCUUCCCAGCCUGCUUGUCCCUCGUGCUACAGAUGAGUAGCCGACGGGAGAUUUGUGACGAUCACAAUUCGGACUCCGGACAGCCGAAAAGCGAGUCGCUCAAAGUGGCUUCAACUGACAUCACAGAUACUCUGGUACCUGAUGCCUUGCCGAGGGCUUCUUCUGGUAUUCAUCCUAGUGCCUCCCAGGAUGGGUCUAGGGCCUCCCAGGGCCUCCCCUCUAGUGCCCCUCAGGAAAGGUCAAGCGCCCUCCCUGUUGCUGGUGCCUCUUCAAAGCCGGUUUGGCAGGUCGGCUACUGCAUGCAUUGCGCCGCUGCCCUCGUGGCGGACGAAGCCUGCACCCAUAACCCUGUUCUUCAACGCGUUAAGGUUAUUAUGUCAGCUGGUCUGGUAUUGGUGCACGGAAUCAGCCGGUUCUCAGUGGUGCUGCCUUCUUCAGAGCCCGCCCUUCUCCAUACUCACAACCUCUCUGACACAUCACACACCCAGCACCCCGCAGUGAGGUUGCUGGCGGAGGGGCUGGAGCAGUGUGUGGUGGUGGUGUUGGUUGUGGUGCUGCUCAUCAAGUACGCCAUGUUCGAGGGACGUGGUGAGCUGGAGCAACAAAUACUUAAACAACGCCACCUCCAGCAAUCCUGUGACCGAUGUUCUGCUCCACCCACCGGCGAUAGUGCAGAAGAAAAAGUGAACGGAGCCGAUCGCGCUGCACAGAACAGCUCGGCGGCUGAGGAUGUCCAGGAAGCCUCUGCCUGCUACAGAGACUGCAGUUCUCAGACAGAGACUGGAGAUCUGCAAGACGUAUGGAAGAUCCUAGAAGUUCCAGUUUGCAGCUCUCAAGAUUCUGACUUGAAUAAAGCCAACGAAACUGCCGCUAACGCGUCGAUGACUGAGAAACUGGCAGGAAAACCGAAAAGAAAUACCAUAAGAUCGUUUGAAGAAUGUGUCGCAAUUCUCAAUGAUCCUAAGUUUGGGGCGAAGGAACUUACCGAUGACGAGGUCGUCGAGAUGGUGCAGAAAAAACAACUGCCAGGAUAUAAACUCGAGACAGCACUGCAAGAUGACCUGCGCGGGGUGAAGGUGCGACGCCAGGUGGUGGCUCCGCUAGCAGCCAACGUCGGGGCUUUCGACUCGUUACCAUAUCUUAAUUACGACUACAGUAAGGUGAUGGGCGUGUGUUGCGAGAGCGUCGUGGGCUACAUCCCAGUGCCUGUGGGCAUCGCCGGCCCCUUGACCGUCAAUGAACAGAGUUUGCUCAUCCCGCUGGCCACGACUGAAGGCUGCCUGGUGGCGAGCACCAACAGAGGGUGCCGGGCUCUGCAGAUGUCAGAAGAAGGCGGCGUUAAGAGCCACGUUCUGCAGAACGGCAUGACUCGGGCGCCUGUGGUCAUGCUGCCAUCCUUGUCUAGAGCUGCUGAACUUUAUCACUGGCUGCAGAAGAAAGAGCACCAGGCGCGCCUGAAAGAAGCCUUCGAUCGCACGAGCAGCUACGCUCGCAUGGAGGACAUCAGCACGACGCUGAACGGCCGCAAGCUUCAUCUGCGCUUCCUUGCAUCCACUGGAGACGCCAUGGGCAUGAACAUGGUCUCCAAGGGCGUGGAAGCUGCCCUGAAGUUACUACGGGAGUUAUUCCCUGAUGUCGAGGUACUCAGCAUCAGCGGCAACCUCUGCACCGACAAGAAACCCUCGGCAGUCAAUUGGGUGCGUGGUCGCGGCAAGUACGUGGUGAGCGGUGCGGUGGUGCCAGGCAGCGUGGUACGCUCGGUGCUGAAGACGUCAGUUGAGGCGCUCGUGCAGACGCACGUUGCCAAGAACUUGGAGGGCUCCGCCUUGGCAGGCUCCAUCGGCGGCAACAACGCCCACGCUGCCAACAUCGUCGCUGCUAUUUUCAUUGCGUGUGGACAGGAUGCAGCGCAGGUUGUUGGCAGUAGCAACUGCAUCACGCAACUGGAAGCUUGUGGUCCCAACGGCGAGGAUCUCUUCGCCAGCGUAACGAUGCCGUCGCUGGAGGUCGGAACUGUAGGGGGUGGCACGGCGCUGCCUGCACAGGCUGCUUGUCUUCACAUGCUUGGUGUCAAGGGCUCACACCCUGACAUGCCUGGCAACAACGCGGAGCAGUUGGCGCGAAUCGUGUGCAGUGCUGUGUUGGCUGGAGAACUGUCCCUGAUGGCUGCUCUAACUGCUGGCCACGUCGUCAAAAGUCACAUGAAACACAAUAGGGCCAAAACCAUCGAAACUCGUGCCAGUUUACCUCCGAGUUCUGUCGAGGUGGAGGAAACCGCUGCAAGGCUUCCAGUAGAUACUACUGUUGUACACCCGAAUUCUAUUGAGUUGGCGGAAACGGUUUCUUCGUCAACCAAGGAUUCAUUUGUAAAUACCGAAUUAACUAAAUCAGCUGUUGAGGCACUUGAUAGUAAUUACCGUAUUAGUACAGAAAUUGCAAGUGAAGUGUCAGAAAUUUCUAUCGAAUCUAAAAGCACUUCGGUUGGAAGACCCAACGUAACGUCUAGUCUCGAUCUCAACAAUGCAGCGGCCAGCCCCGAAAAAUUCGACGAGAUUAACGUAGAAGUAGUUCACAUUGAUCCAGAACAACAGGUUUUAUGCUGCGAUGUAAAAAAUGAUGGUAGAAAUGUCGGCGUUUUCAACACCAAAAAAUAAUUUAGUCUUCCAUGUAACAGUGCUUCCAUCACUCAGAUUACAUGACAAUAAUAUCACUUGCACAUGACCAUGUCUGUAGGUUUUAGAGAUGAGCCUUGCUUAAAUGCAUAGAUUAAUGCAAAUCCGUAUCUUGGUUUUAAUUCCUCCUUGUAAAAAAAAUUACUGAAUAUACGAAUAAAAAUCGA